AUGCAUGGGUACGAUACCCUUUUGAGGGACAGUGAGGAUCUAUUUCCGAACACGAUGACUCCGGGCGAAGCUUCGUUGGAUUCCGAUACAGUAAUCCCACGCUUCGAACUCUCAUCGCUAUGGAUCGAAAAAUUAUCGAGUCUAGGGGAGCUGCAGAUUAUCUCUAUGGACUGUCAGCGUGGAGUGAUGGCAAUUCUCCUUGGGGAUGGUGUGCUAGUGGCGCACAAUAUCAACGACGAUCUGAGACUGUUCUCGGUGACGGUGAAAAACCCGUACAAAGUAUUUGUCGACCCCACCGGCAGCUUCGUCAUGGCAGCGUCGCUUGAUGGGGAAGUUUACUUGUUUGAUGCGAAAGAUGCCCGUACAACAGCACAUGUCCCGCUUUCGGUGCUAGCUCACAACACAGCGCGAUCGCAAAGCGUCUGUGUGGGGGAGUGCGUGUGUUGGUGCCUGGCGCCAACCAGCGACGCGGAUUACGCGGGCGGGCGCCACCCAAAGCACUGCUGCAUCGUCGGCUCCAAAUACGGAGGCGCUCUUGUGGAAGUUUUCUUUGAAUCGGGCCCGUCAAGCAGUCUUAAAAUGUACUGUGGGAGGACCCUUCAACUACCUAACUUCUUUCCGCCUCAGAUGCCUGUGGCGUCGGUGGUGGUGGUCCCUUCUCGUACCGAAUGCCUUCUGUGGGCCUCCUCGCCCACCCAACUCUUCCGGAGCUGCGUGAAGGGAAAGACCCCUACGGAGGUCUUUUCCGCGCUCGCGACGGGGCCGGCCGCCUUUGCGGUUGAGGAGCCUCCUCAUUACGGCUCAGUGGACCCCCGAAGCGGCGCCCUUGCCGUCUUCCGCGCCGACGCGAAACACCCCGCAAACGCCUUUGUGUGGACCUCCGCGGCCGGCGUCGUGCACGGCCUGCUCCACCAAACCAAUGGCAGCGAUGCCUUCACCCCGGCGCCGGCUGCCUCGACGCAGAAGAAAUCGGACCCCAACGGCUGCGCCUACGAGGAUUUGAUCCCCAUCGACGAGAUGAUCCGGGUGGACGUCCAGUCCUACCUUGCCACGGCGAUGGACUCCACUAACGUGCGCUUUCCCGGCGAGCUUCCCUGGAUGGUGGUGCCCACGGCCUUCCACCUGAUUUUGCUGUACAGCCACCGCUGCCUCGUGGUGAACCACCCGCCUGGGCUGCCCUGGAGAGGCCACUCGUCGGCGAUGUCGGUGGAUCACCCCAUCUCGCUCGACGAGCUGAUUGCGCGCGUGCGCUUUGAUCCUUUUCGCGGAAUGAAGCAUAUGGAGCCGCUCUGCGGGGUCGUCCGGGAUGUGGGCGAGAGGAAACUCUACGUCUUCAGCGAGUGCCGCCUGUGGGAGCUCCAGUUCGAGCAGGAGCAUCGGCAGCAGUGGCGUCUGUUCCUCGACCGAGCCCUCCGGCCGGAUUUGGCCGUAUCGCUGCGCCACCGAAUGUUCAACGCCGCCUAUAAGCUUUCCUGCUUCAACCCCGCGCAGCGCGACGUCGUGUUAUUGCUCCAUGGGCAUUUCGUCUACCAACAGGGCCAGCGCGUGAACGAGGAGAUCGCCGCCGCCUUGUGGGCGAAGUGUGAUUUGGUCGAGACGAUUUACAACUUUUUGGUCUCCCAACGACGUGAAACGGUGCUCCAUUUGUACGUUUUGAAGCGCUAUGAGUUCCUUGUCAAGCUCAUCGAGCAGGAGAACCUCUCGCAGAAAGAGCAGCAAGAACUGUUGGCGCAAUUGGGCUGCUUCGUCCUUAUCGUUUUGCAACAAAAGCUUAGUGCACCGCAUGGCAGUGAAACGGAUGUCCCAAUUGCGGAGGAUGUGAGUCGAUUUCUGCAAUACACCGCACGCCACUGCCCGCGACUGUUUAAGGAGGAAGGUUUCUACCGCACUCUUCUGCGACUGCUGGAGGAGCAGGGACCGAUAAAAAAUGCCUUGGAGCUCGCGAAACUCUCCAACCACCCACAAUACGCCGUCGCCUAUCAUGUCCAUCAUGGGAACUACCGAGAAGCGAUUGAGGGUUUGACGGCGAGCACCAUCUCGGGGAAAUCCGAUAUGGCGGAGGAGUGGUACGAGUACUCUCCCGUGUUGAUCCAGCACUUUCCGGUCGCCCUCAUUGCUGGUAUCCUGCGGGUAACCGCGAAGGAGGUCCAGAGUCGGCGCCCGCCAACGCUUCGGAUGGAGCGCCUCCUACCGGCCUUUGCUCGGUAUACCUCUCCAGAAAUGAAUGAAGACCCUUCCAAUACGGAGAACCAGGUUAUUGUUCUACUUGAGCAAUGCAUCUAUCACUUUCACUCUACUUCCAAGAUGAUCCACCACUACUACCUCUCGCUUCUGUGCGAACAAGAUACGGAGCGCCUGCUGGAGUUCCUCGAAGAGGCCCUAUUCUACGACACUGAAUACGCCAUCCGGUGCUGUUUGCAGCACAAGCAUUUUGAGGCAUGUUUUCUUUUGUACAAGCGACUCCACCUGUACGAGGACGCCAUUCGCAUUGCGUUGGAAACCUCAGAGCCGGAGCAACCGGAUGGGCAUUGGCCUGCGUUAACUCGCGUGAAGGACAUGUUGAAAGGGAUCCAAAACGAGCUCGAUGCCGAAACGCGGAAGCGCCUGUGGUCACUAACGGCACUGCUAGCGAGCAAAAAAUGCGAUCCGAAGGUCACACUCGCGUUUGUUGACGACUCCAAUGGCGUUCUCCAGCUUGAAGACGUCAUCGGCAGCAUCAGCGAUCUGGAUUCCGUACGCGAGCUUAAAGAGAUGAUCUGCCGCUAUCUCGACCAGUACUCGAUCGACAUCGCGGAGAUGAAUCAGGAAGAAGAGAAGACGUACCGUGCCAUCGAGAGCGUACAGCAGGAACUAAGAGAGCUGCAAUACAAAUACAGCUACGUGACCGUGAAGCAGCGCUGUAUCUUAUGUCGGAAAAAUCUGCUGCAGAGCUCCGAGCCGUACUUGAUUUAUCCUAAUUGCAACCACGCUGUGCACGAAAAAUGUGCUGUGGAGCGGCUCGAGCAGCUGGGCGGUACGGAGGCCUUCCUCAUGGAUGAAGGCGUCGUGCCACACAUCCUAGAAAGCGUCCACAACCUGGAGGCGUUGGCGAAGGCCGAUUGCGUCAUUUGCGGCGAAGCAGCCAUUGUUGAAAUUGAUAUUCCAAUUUGUGAAAAAGACCCAUCCUGGGCUCUGUGA